UCAAAAUUGCCUCCCGCUGAGUUUAGCAAAUCAGUUUAAGUUUGAGACUCUGUGUAGAAGGUCGCUAAAGAUGCCUUUUGAGUGUGAAAUUGUUCCAGACAGUGAUCUUGUGAGGAAAUCUCACUACUUUGGAGUGUCGGAAUAUGUUUGGGUUAAAUCUGAACGGCCUGUGGAGGAAUGUGCUAAGAAUUGGCGAAUGGAACCCUGCUACAUGCCUGUGAUGUUUCGCGAUCGAGCUGAUGAGAUAGAGCAUUUUACAGUAUUUCCAGAUGAUACUUGGGUCGUGACAUACCCAAAAUGUGGCACAACAUGGUGUCAAGAAAUGGUGUGGCUCAUCAACAAUGGAUUGGACAUGAAAGCGGCGAGCCAAGAGCCUCUAAAUUCACGAUUUCCAUGCAUAGAAAUGAGUACUCUAUUUCCGCCUUCAUUCAACAUUGGUCAGGAGAGCAUUGAGAGGAGCAAAAAGCUGCCACGUCCACGUCACAUCAAAAGUCACCUUCCAGCUCACCUACUUCCUCGUUCAAUUUGGCAAGUGAAGCCGAAGAUAAUCUACGUGGCGCGAAAUCCAAAGGACGUUGCUGUCUCAUUCUACCAUCAUCAAAGGCACCUCCAUGGCUACACACGAAGCUUUGAAGACUUUGCAGAUGCUUUCCUCGCUGAUCAUGUCAUUUGGUCGCCCUUUCACAGUCAUAUUGUUGACUUUUGGACAAUGAGGCACGAAGACAACAUCUUAUUCAUCACUUUUGAGGAGAUGAAGGAAAAUCUACGAGGGGUUAUCACUAGAACAGCCACUUUUCUCGGGAAAACACUCACCGAGGCUGAUGUUGAGCUGCUGUGUCAGCAUCUCUCCUUCGAUGCCAUGAAGAAGAAUGAGUCUGUGAAUAAGAGAGUGGACGUAGAUGAGAUGAAAUCUCUCACAGGUGAGGCCAAAACCGAAGACUUUUCCUUCAUCCGCAAGGGACAAAUUGGGAGUUUUCGGGAGCUUUUGAGCCCAGAUCUCGAAAUGAAAUUCAAUAAGUGGACGGAGAAAGAGCUCCAAAAUACCGACUUCAAAUUUCAAGCGUAACAGGAGACAAGGUUGGGGUUGGAAAAUUGUGUGGACACAAUAAAUUAUCCUACCAGACCCUCAAUACCUAACACACCCCAAAUUAUUUAUUGUCAUCAAUUAAUUCCAAAUUCCGGAAUCAAUUAUGACCAAAUGAAAAUUCUAUUUGUGGACAUGGAGACAUUGGCGUGUUGCGUGACAAUUUUUCCUCUAAAUGUAGGUUUUAUGGCAAUUUUUCUUUGUCUUGAAAAUGUGGUGUGGACAUUUUAUUUUUUACAACAAGGACCAAUAAAAUUUGGCUAUAUUAGAAAA